AUGUACGCAUACUGUACCUCUAAGUACCCGCUUCCUGACUCUACUCGGACAGUCACUGCGGCCGCCAUUCCAAUAAUAACAACAGACGUCGUCUUCACCACCACUACCGUCGUAGUCACAACGACUGUGGUCGCCCAGGUUAUCAAGCGAGCAAAAACCACACCGGCUAUCAAUCCACCCCAGCAUCCGCAACAUCUUGGAAGAAGUCUCGAAGAGCGAAAUUUGGUUGCGCAAUGGUCGAGCUUUCUCAAGGAAGCUAAGCAGGCCGUGCAGACGCUCUGCUCAUGCAUCGAGACACCUCAGACCAGCACCGUCACCACAACACCAACAACCCUCGUCACAGUGACAGCGACCCAGGUCGUGAUCGCCACCACCGUCGCCACCGUCGUUGUUCGCGCCUGCUCGACCUCCACCAGCUCCUUUGCCCUCUUCGCUUCAGCCUCGAACAGUUUCGCAAAAAUGGACUCGGCAAUCCAGAAUCUUUUCUCCAUCAAGUUCAGGUCCACUACCGCUGCUGGCGCUGCACAGUCCUUCUUCACAGACUCUUACCGUCUCAACGUCGCGGGCUCGUCCUCAGAGCUCAGCGUCGUGGUUGAUGUUCUUGGGCAGUUUGUCGAUUUCCACUACGUAUGGCUGACGGAUCCUACGACGGUUCAAACACAUGAUGAGGCUCCAGUCGCUUGCGUCGUUGAUGCGGAUCUGGCGUUGACGUGUAGUGUGAGAGACCAAGAUGUGUUGCAGCUCUUUGGAGAUCAGUUGAGUAUCGGCGCUUCCGUGGAAUAUACAACGUCGUCUUUUACGUUGGUGCCGGUAAAGUAUAGUGUCUUUUUGCGUCUACGAGUUCCUACGAUCGCGUUCAACAAAGAUCAUUGUUGUUAA